AUGAUAUCUUUAAUUUGUAUAGAACGUUAUAGUUGUGAAUUUGGUUCUGUUAAAUUUUAUUUCUAUUGUGGUAUUAGUGGUUUGAUAAGUUGUGCUAUUACACAUACAGCCGUCGUUCCACUGGAUCUAAUUAAAUGUCGAUUACAAGUAAAAGCUCUAAAAUAUGAAAAUCUCAUUCAGGCAUUUCAAGUAACUAUUGCAGAAGAAGGUUUAUUUAGUUUAACUAAAGGUUGGGCACCAACUUUAAUUGGUUAUUCAUUACAAGGUUUUGGAAAAUUUGGUUUUUAUGAAAUAUUAAAAAGUUUUUAUAGUAUAAUACUUGGUGAACGAAAUGCUUAUCACUAUCGAACAGUAGUUUAUUUAUUAGCAAGUGCUUCCGCUGAAUUCUUUGCUGAUGUUGCUUUAGCACCAUGGGAAGCAAUAAAAGUACGAAUUCAAACUCAAGAUGAUUGGGCAUCAACAUUAAGACAAGGCUUACCGAAAUUUUACGCUGAAGAAGGUCUCGAAGGUUUAUAUAAAGGUCUAGUACCAUUAUGGUUUCGUCAAAUUCCAUAUACUAUGAUGAAAUUUGCAUGUUUUGAACGUACUAAAGAAGCACUUUUUAAGUAUCUACUACGUAAACCACGUGAAUUACGUACAGAAACUGAAGAACUUCGUAUAACAUUUAUCGCUGGUUAUAUAGCUGGAAUAUUUUGUGCUAUUGUUAGUCAUCCAGCUGAUACGAUUGUAUCAAAAUUAAAUAAUGAAAAAGGUCUUAGUUUAUUUGAUACUGUACGACGUGUUGGAUUUAGUGGAUUAUGGAAAGGAUUAGGUCCACGUAUAUUUAUUGUUGGUACAUUAAGUGCAGUACAAUUAUUCCUUUAUGAUACAGCUAGAGUAUUUCUUAGGGUACCACGAGUAUAA